CUUUCAAACUGGCGAGGCAGCGAGCUGUGACGACGACCGAUCAAAGCCAUCAGCGACGAAACAAACAAUCCCAAACCAGCACUUUUCAACCCGCGACCCACGAUCCAACCACGCUCCCUUAUUGACGUCGCCGCCUAAGUCAUUCAGCAAGAUCAGUCCCUGCCAUGCCAGCCACAACCGCGGAGACGCUGUCGCUCGUGACGCGCAACGUCUCGGUUGCGCCCCUCGUGCUGCUCUCCGUCGUCGACCACUACAACCGCACAGAAGCCUACAAGAGCAAGACCAAGCGUGUGGUUGGUGUGCUAUUAGGGCAGAAUGACGGCAAGAACGUGCGCGUGUCCAACAGCUUCGCAGUCCCCUUCGAGGAGGACGAGAAGGACCCGUCGGUCUGGUUUCUGGACCACAACUACGUUGAGUCGAUGAACGACAUGUUCAAGAAGGUCAAUGCGCGCGAGAAGUUAAUAGGCUGGUACCACUCGGGUCCCAAGCUUCGAGCCUCGGAUCUCGAGAUCAACGAGCUCUUCAAACGCUACACCGCGAACCCAUUGCUGGUCAUUAUCGACGUGCAACCAAAGGAGGCCGGCGUCCCGACUGAUGCGUACUUUGCCGUGGAGGAGAUCAAGGAUGACGGUACGACGACAUCCAAGACAUUUGUCCACACACCGUCGAUCAUCGAGGCCGAGGAAGCGGAAGAGAUCGGUGUCGAGCACCUCCUGCGCGACAUUCGAGACGUAGCGGUCGGUACCCUGUCGACCCGCCUCACCAACCAGCUACAGUCCCUGCAGGGCCUCCAUCUCCGAUUGCGGGACAUCCAAGCCUACCUACAGAAGGUGCUCGAUGGGGAACUCCCCGUCAACCACGCCAUCCUCGGCAACCUCCAAGAUGUGUUUAACCUGCUGCCGAAUCUCUCGACACCCAAGCCUGGCGCCGCCGCAAACGGCAAGGGCGACACGGAACUCAACUACGCCAUGAGCGUCAAGACGAACGACCAGCUCAUGGCCAUAUAUCUGAGCAGUCUUAUCCGGGCGAUUACGGCCUUCCACGACCUUAUUGAGAAUAAGAUCCAGAACCGCCAGCAACAGGAGGAGAAGGAGGCGGCCAAGAAGGAGGGGGAGAGCCCCAAGGAGGGGGAGAAGAAGGAGGGCAGCCCGGCUGCAAACGGCGAUGCCAAGGAGGGCGGGGGUGACAAGGAAAAGGAGCCGUCUAAGGACAGCAGCAAGAAAUGAGCCGGGGAAUGGUGCCGGGAGGCAAGGAAAUGACUCUGAAGUUUCGUAGACUGCUCGAAGAUGGCUCGGGCGAGUUGAUAUCGGGGAAACUCAUUCAACCUGUUGGGACGAGGAAGUGCGCUUGAAGCGGUCCCUGUCCUAUGAUGAACCAAGGCUCCUUAGAUGCCGAGUAUCUAAACAGCGAAGCCAAGGAGUCGCUGUCAAAAACCAUGAAGCAGCGUAUACCGAGCAAUUUUUAUAUAUCCGCAACAAUGCCAGCCAUUUCCUCCUUCCCUACCCUCCGCUCAACCACGUACCUCCCCAGCGCAGCACUCCACCUCUCCGCCAGCACACACGCCAACAGGUGCUUGCACACGGGGACGCCCUCUCCAGCCGCCCACCCAUCCAAGCUCAACCCGCCAAAGGACCACCCUGCAUCCGCCCCUUCCUCCAUCCCCGGAGCCGCGGUCCUCAAGCCUCCCUCAUCCCCUUCCCUCUCCCAUUUCACUGCCGCUGACCCCUCCUCCCCACGGACGGCAGCAAACGCAAAGGCAGCACAGCUACAGCUCCACGCGCCCAGCCGCACCACAUACCCCGCCGCCGGGGCCCGUCCCGCCCCACCAUGCC